UCCAAAGCUGACCGGUUCGUUCCUUAGGAUUCGGAUUUUUCUUGUAAUUUUUUUUUAUUUCUCUCUUCGUUUGCGUUCGACUCUUCACUUCUUCUUUCCUCACACUUGGCUCAAUUACCCCCGAUUCGGAGCUACGACCGACGCUUCCCAUCGUCUCUUCUCUCUAAAAAAUCAUUGAUACCCCUUCGUUCGCUUUCAAGAUGCGGCCCGAAAUCGAGCAAGAGCUCGCCCACACCUUGCUGGUGGAGCUGCUGGCGUACCAGUUCGCCAUGCCAGUCAGGUGGAUUGAGACCCAGGAUGUCAUUCUCGCUGAGAAACGGACAGAGCGGAUUGUCGAAAUUGGUCCCGCGGAUACUCUGGGUGGAAUGGCCAGACGCACACUUGCAUCCAAAUACGAAGCCUACGAUGCCGCCACAUCCGUCCAGCGUCAGAUUCUUUGCUACAACAAAGACGCCAAGGAGAUCUACUACGAUGUCGACCCCGUGGAGGAGGAGCCUGAGACGCCGGCAGAGCAGGCCCCCAGCUCCUCGUCGUCCGCUGCCCCCGCGUCCACUCCCGUCGCUGCACCUGUCGCCGCCCCUGCCCCGGGCGCCGGACCCGCCGCCGCCGUCGACGAUGUUCCAGUCACCGCGGUUGACAUCCUGAGAACAUUAGUGGCCCAGAAGUUGAAGAAGAGCCUCACAGAUAUCCCAUUGAACAAGGCGAUUAAAGACCUGGUUGGAGGAAAAUCGACUCUGCAGAACGAGAUUCUCGGAGACUUGGGCAAGGAAUUCGGCUCAACCCCGGAGAAACCGGAAGACACCCCUCUCGAUGAGCUUGGUGCUUCGAUGCAGGCCACUUUCAAUGGACAGCUCGGCAAGCAGUCGUCUUCGCUCAUUGCCCGCCUGGUGUCGUCCAAGAUGCCCGGUGGAUUCAACAUCACCUCUGUCAGAAAAUACCUCGAGACGAGAUGGGGCCUGGGUUCCGGCAGACAGGACGGUGUUCUUCUCCUCGCCCUCACUAUGGAGCCUGCUACCCGUUUAGGUUCCGAGGCCGAUGCCAAGGCAUAUCUCGACGACGUGACCAACAAGUACGCAGCCCUUGCAGGCGUCAACCUGUCCGCGCCGACCGCUGGCGGUGAUGCUGGCGGUGGUGCCGGCGGCAUGCUCAUGGACCCCGCCGCCAUCGACGCGCUGACCAAGGAUCAACGGGCCUUGUUCAAGCAGCAGCUGGAGAUCAUCGCCCGGUACCUCAAGGUGGACCUCCGCUCCGGCGACAAGGCGUUCGUCACCUCCCAGGAGACCCAAAAGGCCCUUCAGGCGCAGCUGGACCUCUGGCAAGCCGAGCAUGGCGACGUCUAUGCCGCAGGCAUCGAGCCGUCCUUUGACCCGCUCAAGGCUCGUGUGUACGACUCCUCUUGGAACUGGGCUCGUCAGGAUGCGCUGAGCAUGUACUACGAUGUCAUCUUCGGCCGCCUCAAGGUCGUGGACCGGGAGAUUGUCAGCCAAUGUAUCCGUAUCAUGAACCGCUCCAACCCUCUGCUGCUGGACUUCAUGCAGUAUCACAUCGAUAACUGCCCCACCGAGCGUGGCGAGACCUACCAGCUUGCCAAGGAGCUCGGUGAGCAACUGAUCGAGAACUGCAAGGAGGUUCUCGGGGCUGCUCCAGUCUACAAGGAUGUCGGCGUUCCUACGGCACCUCAAACCACCAUUGAUGCUCGCGGUAAUGUCGACUUCAAGGAGGUGCCUCGUGCCAGCGCUCGCAAGCUGGAGCACUACGUCAAGCAGAUGGCCGAGGGCGGCCCCAUCUCCGAGUACAGCAACCGGACCAAGGUACAGAACGAUCUCAAGAGCGUCUAUAAGCUGAUCCGCAAGGAACACCGCCUCUCCAAGUCUUCGCAACUACAGUUCAACACCCUGUAUAAGGAUGUUGUUCGGGCCCUUGGCAUGAACGAGAACCAGAUCAUGCCCCAGGAAGCCGCUCAGGGAAAGAAGGGUGGCCGCAAUGGACUCCGUCGCAAUGGCAGCCCACGCACCGGCAAGGUCGAAACCAUUCCCUUCUUGCACCUCAAGAACAAGGAGGAACACGGCUGGGAGUACAACAAGAAGCUCACCGGCGUCUACUUGGAUGUGCUCGAAUCGGCUGCUCGCUCUGGUGUUAGCUUCCAGGGCAAGCAUGCCCUGAUGACGGGCGCCGGUGCUGGCUCCAUUGGCGCCGAGGUCCUGCAGGGCUUGAUCAGCGGUGGUGCCAAGGUCGUCGUCACGACCAGCAGAUUCUCCCGUGAGGUCACCGAAUACUACCAGGCCAUGUAUGCCCGCUACGGUGCCCGUGGCUCCCAGCUGGUUGUGGUCCCCUUCAACCAAGGCAGCAAGCAGGAUGUUGAGGCCCUCGUGGACUACAUCUACGACACCAAGAAGGGUCUCGGCUGGGACUUGGACUUCGUCGUCCCCUUUGCCGCGAUCCCAGAGAACGGCCGCGAGAUCGACUCGAUCGAUUCGAAAUCCGAGCUUGCCCACAGGAUCAUGUUGACCAACCUGCUCCGACUCCUGGGUUGCAUCAAGACUCAGAAGCAGACGCACGGUUUCGAGACCCGUCCUGCCCAGGUUAUCCUGCCUCUGUCACCUAACCACGGCACCUUCGGAAACGAUGGUCUGUAUUCGGAGUCCAAGCUUGCCCUGGAGACCCUCUUCAACCGCUGGUACUCGGAGAGCUGGGCCAACUACCUGACCAUCUGCGGUGCUGUCAUUGGUUGGACCCGUGGUACCGGUCUCAUGAGCGGUAACAACAUGGUGGCCGAGGGCGUUGAAAAGCUGGGCGUUCGCACAUUCUCUCAGCAGGAGAUGGCAUUCAAUCUACUGGGCCUCAUGGCCCCUGCCGUCGUCAACCUCUGCCAGCUUGACCCCGUCUGGGCCGAUCUGAACGGUGGACUCCAGUUCAUCCCCGACCUCAAGAACCUCAUGACCAGACUGCGUAAGGAGAUCAUGGAGACCAGUGAUGUGCGCCAAGCUGUCAUCAAGGAAACCGCCAUCGAGAACAAGAUUGUCAACGGAGAGGACAGCGAGGUGCUCUACAAGAAGGUCAUCGCCGAGCCUCGCGCUAACAUCAAAUUCGAGUUCCCUCGGCUGCCUGACUGGGAGAAGGAGGUCCAGCCUCUCAACGCUAAUCUCAAGGGUAUGGUCAACUUGGACAAGGUUGUCGUCGUUACCGGUUUUGCCGAAGUCGGCCCCUGGGGUAACUCUCGUACCCGCUGGGAGAUGGAGGCGUACGGCAAAUUCUCCCUUGAGGGUUGUGUCGAAAUGGCAUGGAUCAUGGGUCUCAUCAAGCACCACAACGGCCCCUUGAAGGGUAAGGCUUAUUCUGGAUGGGUUGAUGCCAAGACCGGCGAGCCUGUCGAUGACAAGGACGUCAAGUCGAAGUAUGAGAAGCAUAUCCUCGAACACUCCGGUAUCCGUCUCAUUGAGCCCGAGCUGUUCAAGGGUUACGAUCCCAAGAAGAAGCAGCUUCUCCAGGAAGUUGUCAUCCAGGAGGAUCUCGAGCCUUUCGAAGCUUCCAAGGAGACCGCCGAAGAGUUCAAGCGCGAGCAUGGCGAGAAGGUCGAAAUCUUCGAGAUCCCCGAAUCCGGAGAGUACAUUGUCCGUCUGAAGAAGGGCGCCAACCUCCUCAUCCCCAAGGCUCUGCAGUUUGACCGCCUGGUUGCUGGCCAGAUCCCCACCGGUUGGGAUGCCCGCAGAUACGGUGUUCCGGAAGAUAUCAUCGAGCAGGUUGACCCCGUGACCCUGUUCGUUCUGGUCUGUACCGCAGAGUCCCUGCUUUCGGCCGGUAUCACCGAUCCUUAUGAGUUCUACAAGUACGUCCAUCUGUCCGAGGUCGGUAACUGCAUCGGUUCCGGUAUUGGUGGCACCCAUGCUUUGCGUGGCAUGUACAAGGAUCGUUAUCUCGACAAGCCCCUGCAGAAGGAUAUUCUGCAGGAGUCCUUCAUCAACACCAUGAGCGCCUGGGUGAACAUGUUACUCUUGUCUUCUACUGGACCUAUCAAGACCCCUGUGGGUGCUUGCGCUACCGCUGUGGAGUCGGUUGACAUUGGUUACGAGACCAUCGUCGAGGGCAAGGCUCGCGUCUGCUUUGUUGGUGGUUUCGAUGACUUCCAGGAGGAAGGCUCGUACGAGUUUGCCAACAUGAAAGCUACCAGCAACGCCGAGGAUGAAUUUGCUCACGGUCGUACCCCUAAGGAGAUGUCCCGUCCGACCACCACUACCCGUGCCGGUUUCAUGGAAUCCCAGGGAUGCGGUAUGCAGCUCAUCAUGAGCGCCCAGCUCGCACUCGAUAUGGGUGUUCCCAUCCACGGUAUCAUCGCUCUGACCACCACCGCCACCGACAAGAUCGGCCGUUCCGUCCCGGCUCCUGGACAGGGUGUCCUCACCACCGCUCGCGAGAACCCUGGCAAGUUCCCGUCUCCUCUCCUGGACAUCAAGUACCGUCGCCGCCAGCUGGAUCUCCGCAGGAAGCAGAUCAAGGAAUGGCAAGAGUCGGAGCUGUUGUUCCUGCAGGAGGAGGUCGAUGCUAUGCAGGCUCAGUCCUCCGAUGGCAGCGAGUUCAACGCCACGGAAUACAUGCAGGAACGCGCCCGUCACAUUGAGCGCGAAGCUACCCGCCAGGAGAAGGAUGCCCAGUUCACUCUCGGAAACAACUUCUGGAAGCAGGACUCGCGCAUCGCGCCUCUCCGUGGUGCCCUGGCGACCUGGGGCCUUACCAUCGACGAUAUCGGCGUUGCUUCGUUCCACGGUACAUCUACCGUUGCCAAUGAUAAGAACGAGUCCGAUGUCAUUUGCCAGCAGCUGAAGCACCUUGGCCGCAAGAAGGGCAAUGCCGUCAUGGGUAUCUUCCAGAAGUACCUCACCGGUCACCCCAAGGGUGCCGCCGGUGCCUGGAUGUUCAACGGCUGUCUGCAGGUUCUGGAGAGCGGGUUAGUGCCCGGUAACCGCAAUGCCGAUAACGUUGACAAGGUGAUGGAGAAGUUCGACUACAUCGUCUACCCCAGCCGCAGCAUCCAGACGGAUGGAAUCAAGGCCUUCUCGGUAACCUCGUUCGGUUUCGGUCAGAAGGGUGCCCAGGUGAUCGGUAUCCAUCCCAAGUACCUGUAUGCCGCUCUGGACCGUGCCCAGUUCCAGUCCUACAAGAACAAGGUGGAGGCCAGACAGAAGAAGGCGUACCGCUACUUCCACAACGGUCUGAUCAACAACAGCAUUUUCGUUGCGAAGAACAAGGCGCCUUAUGAGGACGAUAUCCAGAGCAAGGUCUUCCUCAACCCCGACUACCGCGUGGUUGUCGACAAGAAGACUUCGGAGCUCAAGUACCCUGCUGUCGGUCCCAAGGCUGAGGACAAGGACAAGAACACAGAGAGCACCAAGAAGAUGAUCGAGUCUCUGGCCAGCGCCACCGCCGCCGAGAACACCAAGAUCGGCGUGGACGUCGAGAACCUGGAUGCCGUCAACAUCGACAACGAGACAUUCAUCGAGCGGAACUUCACUGAGCAGGAGCAGCAGUACUGCCGCAAGGCCGCCUCUCCCCAGGCGUCUUUUGCCGGUCGUUGGAGUGCCAAGGAAGCCGUCUUCAAGUCUCUGGGCGUGAACAGCAAAGGCGCUGGUGCCGCGUUGAAGGAGAUUGAAAUUGGAAGGGACGCCAAUGGUGCCCCGGUCGUCAACGUAAGUUUUUCCCCCCCUAACCUUUUUUUUUUCUCUAUUCUAGACACACUUUAUACUGACUUGGGAUGUUUCAGCUUCACGGUGCGGCUGCUGAAGCUGCCAAGAAGGCCGGUGUCAAGACCGUCAGCGUCAGCAUCAGCCACAGCGAUACCCAGGCAGUGGCUGUAGCGGUUUCUCAUUUUUAAAGUCGAUUAGUCAGAUCAAUCUAGAAGGGUCGGUUAAAUGUGACUGUGAGAGAUGACUGAUACGGAUAUCUUAAUGAAUUGUUUUAGAUUUAAUUUGGUACUUAGUCUUAUUAUGAUCAA